AAGGGAGGGUUGUCGGUAGGCUGCGCUGGCAUAGGAAGCGUGCUGACGUCUUAUCUGAGUUCUCUGGGGGUUGAGGAAGGUGGCCUAGUCCCCUCUCCUCGCCUCUUGAGAGCAGUAGCCACUGCCCUCUCUUAAGUUUAUGGAAGCAGCAGCCCAUCGCCGCAGCUCAAGUUUGUUUCCUUUUCAUCCAGGCGCCAAACCCCGGGAUGAUCACAUCCCUGCUGCGGGCUUAAAUAGAGUUAAGCUAUUUCGGUGCCCCACAGGGUAGUGCACAUCAGCGCCCUGGAUCGCACGCUUUCCAGAAGCGUCGCUGAACCUGGCGACUGGACUCUGGCCGAGGACCUGGCAGAAGCGCCAGGGCAGGGUCAUCGCUGGGACAGUGGGCGUUGACGGCCACCAGGGAUCGCCGCCGCGGGCUGCGUCUCGCGGGCUGCCCGCUGCGCAUGCUCCGCUCGGUACCGGCGGGGUCGGGGGCGGGGCCGCGUCGGGGGCGGGAGCUCGGCGCGGCGCCACGUCAGGGGCGGGCCCGGCGCGCGCGGGAAGUCUCUGUAGGGCGGCUGGCUAGCCUCAGCCGCCGCGCGUCAUGGCCCUUUCGGUGCCCGGCUACUCACCGGGCUUCCGAAAGCCGCCCGAGGUAGUGCGGCUCCGACGGAAAAGGGCCCGGAGCCGUGGAGCUGCCGCCUCCUCGCCCCGUGGGCUGACGGAGCCGGCGGCCCGCCGAGCCGCCCUGGUGGCGGGGCUGCCUCUUCGCCCUUUCCCUGCUGCGGGGGGCAGAGGCGGCGGCAGCGGCGGCGGCCCGGCCGCUGCCCGGAGGAACCCCUUCGCCCGCCUGGACAACCGACCGCGGGUCGCCGCGGAGCCCCCCGAGGGGCCGGCCCGCGAGCAGCCGGAGGCGCCGGUCCCGUUUUUAGAUUCUAAUCAAGAAAAUGAUUUGCUAUGGGAAGAGAAGUUUCCUGAAAGAACAACUGUUACUGAAUUACCCCAGAAGCAUUUUGCUUGGAAAGUCAUUUUACAGAGAGGCUUGAUCAUCUCUACCAGGGAUGAAAAUACCGCAUCAGCCAAGACUUCACAUGUAUCAUUCUCCGAGCCUGAUACUCCGUCCUCAAAAAGUACUGAGUUACCUGUGGACUGGAGUAUUAAAACGCGACUCCUUUUCACCUCUUCUCAACCCUUUACCUGGGCAGAUCAUUUGAAAGCACAGGAAGAAGCUCAAGGUCUUGUCCAGCAUUGUAGGGCAACAGAAGUUACUUUGCCUAAAAGUAUACAGGAUCCCAAACUCUCCACUGAGCUCCGUUGUACCUUCCAGCAGAGCCUUAUCUAUUGGCUCCACCCUGCUUUGUCUUGGCUACCACUGUUCCCUCGUAUUGGAGCUGAUAGAAAAAUGGCUGGAAAGACAAGUCCUUGGUCAAAUGAUGCAACCCUGCAGCAUGUUUUAAUGAGUGACUGGUCUGUGAGCUUUACUUCUCUAUAUAAUUUGCUGAAGACAAAACUUUGCCCCUAUUUCUACGUUUGUACCUAUCAGUUUACUGUCCUGUUCCGAGCAGCAGGAUUAGCUGGAAGUGACUUAAUCACAGCUCUCAUAUCUCCAACAACUCGAGGUUUAAGAGAAGCUAUGAGAAAUGAAGGUAUUGAAUUUUCCCUGCCUUUAAUAAAAGAAAGUGGCCAUAAGAAGGAGACAGCAUCUGGAACAAGCUUGGGAUAUGGGGAGGAGCAAGCCAUCAGUGAUGAGGAUGAAGAGGAAAGCUUUUCCUGGCUGGAAGAGAUGGGUGUGCAAGAUAAAAUUAAAAAGCCAGACAUACUUUCUAUCAAGCUGCGUAAAGAGAAACAUGAAGUACAAAUGGAUCACAGACCUGAAUCUGUUGUGUUGGUAAAAGGAAUCAACACCUUUACAUUGCUCAAUUUUUUGAUUAACUCUAAGAGUUUAGUUGCUACCUCAGGUCCACAGGCAGGACUUCCUCCAACCCUCUUGUCCCCUGUUGCUUUCCGAGGUGCCACAAUGCAAAUGCUUAAGGCACGGAGUGUAAAUGUGAAGACACAAGCUCUUUCUGGAUACAGAGACCAAUUUAGUUUGGAGAUUACAGGUCCUAUCAUGCCUCAUUCUCUGCAUUCACUGACCAUGCUGCUCAAAUCUUCACAGAGUGGAUCUUUCUCUGCAGUACUGUAUCCACACGAGCCAACUGCUGUAUUUAACAUCUGCCUGCAAAUGGACAAAGUACUUGAUAUGGAGGUUGUUCAUAAGGAGCUUACUAACUGUGGUCUGCACCCUAACACUCUGGAGCAACUUAGUCAAAUACCGUUACUUGGGAAAUCAUCUUUACGGAAUGUGGUGCUGAGAGACUACAUUUAUAAUUGGAGAUCCUGAACACCAAAGUAAGCCUAAAAGGAAUCUUUGAGGAAAAAAGCCUUCUAGCAAGGAAAUUCAAGAUUCUUGAAGUUGAAGGAAUAUACUGAAAUGUUUAUAAACAUAACUUUUAUUACAGUAGCAUCUAAGGUUUUAAAUCAGUGUUUUACUAUUUUCAGAUUAGAUUUUUAGAUAUAAAGAUGAAAAACUCAGAUAACUCAAAUGAGAUAUCUGUAUCCCUACAACCUAAUUGUAUAUUGAGCAGAAACUGAAUUAAUAUGCUUCCUUGCAAAUGGGAAAUCAUAGCAGUUACCCCAUGGCAUUGUGACUAAUGGCAUCAGGGCAAAAAUAUGUUACUUUACCAUUUACCUGUUAGCAGGUUCUUGUUUCAUAAAGGUAGAAAAUAAAUACAGACAACAUCUA